CAAGAAAUAUCAAAUGAGGAACUAUUACCGCUGACUGAGUUGACAAAAUUCCUUGGUGUGAAGGUACUCAAGUACUUUGAAAACAGGGUCAGCCCCAGUAUUAGGGGAUGUUUUUUACCAUUGACCAAACAAGCAGGGAACUUCUGUCUGCAAGUGCAAAAAAGGGCAACGCUUUCAGUAUCUUAGCGGACGAGGCUUGCGAUAUUUCUGUUGUUGAGCAAUUAAUAGACCUUGUCACGGUUUUCGGCGCCAUCUUGACGAAUAGGUAAACGUGUAAGAAAUUACAGAGUUUGUAUGAGAAUCUAAUGUCGAAUAAUUUCCGUAAAACGGCUGUUCUGUAAACUAAAGCUACAAGACAAAAACAAUUUGGGGGGCGUACCCGUCUGUUGUGUCUGUGAAGCACUUUGAUCAUUGUCAGAGUACUGCAAAAACUGAAUUUCUUGCAAUCGAACCUGUGUGUGAUCCCCAAGAAGUAACAGCUGAUGCUGUAACGAAGAAGCUUGUGGAAGUAAUAGAGAAAUGCGUGUUGUUCGUAGAGAAUCUUUAGUGAUUAUGGGUAGGUGAUGGGGCAAAUGUAAUGGUGGGGGAGGGAAAUGGUGUAGCUGCCCGUCUUAAGCGCCUCAACCAGUCUAUUGUCAAUUUUCACUGUAUAUGCCACUAACUGGCUCUGGCGUGUGGAGACAAUGGAGAUCAGAUAAAUUACAUCAAAGAUGUUGAAACCACCCUAACGGAAUUUCUUGCUUCCCUGCCUCUCCUAGGAUUUUCGAGCAUCCAAAAAUUGGUAUAAUUGCCCGUUUUUAACGGAUUUUUACCCUAAAAAGGUCCCCUAGAAUAUUCGGGAGUCUUUUCUUGGCUAAAAUUUUCGAAAAGGUCAGUUUUGAUCCCUAUAAUUUUCGGAUCACUAGACUUUAGCUAGGAAAUCCGAACAGGCGUAAACUUUUAAGGGGAUAAAAACAUGCCUAUAUCUACCGUUUAAAUACUAAAAUACGUUUAACAAUGCUAUGUUUAAGUGGUUUUUAACUAUAUUCUCGUUGGGUGCCCCUGAAGUUUCUUGGGAACGAUCCUUUAGCUUUAGAUCAUUAUAAGAAAGCCCGGACUUCCAAGUUUAUUGGGGCAAUUUACAUGCUCACUAAAGUUUUGCCAAUCUUAAAUUAACUUAGCAAGACAUUUCAGUCAAGUCAUCUAAACUUUGGACGAGUCAAACCUGCCCUUGACUACACUUAGACUCAGCUGACAUCGUUGAAGAGUUCACACCAGUUCUUAGAUGAUCUAGAGCAGGAUUUGCAUGAAGGCGGGAGACUCGGCCGUGUUGGCUUGACCCUCAGUGACCAGGAUUAGAGGGUUAUUUUAACCCUGAAUGAGAAAUACAUCACUGCAUUGAAGCAAAACAUAGAACAACGGUUUCAUGUUUUCAUGUCUUCAAUCCCGAGACAGUGCGGCCAUGGGAUCGCUUCUCUAAGAGUGCUUGCAAAUCACUAUUAUCAAGACAGAUGAUGCAAAGAGCAAGAAACUGAAGAGCUGUUUUCUGAAUGGAACAAGGUCAAGUUUGACUUCUUGAAAUGGAAGUCCCACAUGCCAGAGCUUUCGGUGAUGCAAAUAAACUUUAAAGAGACUCCUUCGAAUGAAGUCAGAAUUUGGCCACUUUUCCCCUAAAUUAGUUACUUUGGUAGAGAUUUCAAUUUCUGCUCCAGUCACCAAUGCUUGACCAGAAUGAGGUGCUAGUGCCUUGAAGAGAUUAAAGACAAGAUUUAGGAGCGGGCUUAACAGCGAUCUCCUGGAUGCUCUUAUGCAGAUUACAUUGAAUGGCCCACCAGUUCAGUCAGGACCUGGCUUACCGUGAAGAGGUGAAGGAAAUCACCCACUCACAUCCCAAGUCAAAGCUGAUCCCAGGGUGCAAGUGAAAAAGUGCAAGCAGUUACUAUGGUGGAUCAGGAAGUUCAAUCUACUGGUACUCAGAAUGAGGAAUUGACAACAGCUGCAGAAGCUGAAGAGAUUUCCGAACUUGAUGCAGAGAAAGAUGCUUUUAGCCUGGACUUUCUUGGUGAUUCAGACAGCGGCUCAGGUCUUGAGAGUGAGGAUGAGUAG